UAAUCGCGUAUGUUCAAAGUUUAGAUGCCUGUUUAGGAAAGUAUUAGAGCUCAAUUGUCUUUGGAAAUUUUCCCAAAAAGAAAUCCGAAGCUAAUUAUUAAGCACAAUAUUCUCAUCCUCCUAUAAAAGCAUCAGCCCAUGUCCACAACAUAAACAUAUCCUAACACCUUACACAUCACCAACCUCUUCUCCCUCAGCUCUCAAAGAAAAGAGUAGUAAUGGUUAAGAAACAUGGCUUUACCUGUCUCUUCACUGCCUCAACCUCAUUUUCUUCUCCUUCAAGCACUCCUUUGCCUUCUUGCAAGCAACAAAAGGCUGCUCAUUCCUUCAUGACCAUGAACUCGACUUACUUCGACUCGACUGACUCGUGCCGCUUCACAAACUCGUCGACCACUGGCUCGGAGAGCUUCUCGACGGCCUCCGAAUCGUCGGGGAGCGACGCGGUCGUGGAGGCGGUCAUUCGAGGGCUCGGGUCGGCUGACCGGCUGUUCUUCGAGCCGGGGUGCACAAACUCCAUAAUGGAGAUAAAAAGCCGCCGGGCCGACCCGGUCGACCCAUUCGAAGGCGGCGUGGCAAUGACGGUCGACUCAGAGGACCUCUACAGUGAUUUCCGGAGGUCGAUGGAGGAGAUGAUAAUGGCUCAUGGAGUGAAGGGUUGGGAUUGGCUUGAGGAGAUGCUUGGGUGGUAUUUGAAAGCUAAUGGUGAGAAGACUCAUGGGUUCAUAGUUGGUGCUUUUGUGGAUUUGCUUGUGUCACUUGCUUCUUCUUCUUCUUCUUCUUCUUCUUCUUCUUCUACUACUACUACUACUACUACUACUACUACUUGUUCUCCUCUUUCUUCUUUUUGUUUUAAUAUUCAUGCGGAGAAGGGUGAUGGUUCUUUUAGUUUUCUGUUCAAGUAAGAGAUCACAUUUUAUCAAUGUGAUUAAUGGUAAUGUAUAAUAUUAGGUUUAUAAUUCAAGAGUUAAAUUAAAAUUGUUAUACCAAUUUCUUUUUAA